CUCCUCUUACGCGUAGUUCUCUUGCACGCCUUCUUCACUCGACAAGUCUUCUUUACUCGACAAGUCUACCUUACUCGACCUCACUAUGUUGUUCAACCGUGCCCUCCUCUACACCACCGUCCUCCUCGCGACGACGGUCUUCGCCGCGCCCGCGCCUGUCGCUCGCGACAUCGCGACGUUCAACCCGAUGCAGGUGGGUCUUCAGUCUAGCUUCUCUAUGCGGUCUAGUUUUCCUAUCCACCUUGCCGUUGUGCUAACAAAUCCUUCUCAGGCGCGCCACGGCGACGGAGGCGAUGCUGCUCAGCAAGGCGGUGACGCCAGCCAGCAAGGCGGAGACCAGUCCGGGAAGGACCAAUCUGGAAAGGACCAGGGAGGCGACAACUCCGGCAAGGACCAGAGCGGCGGCGAUGCUUCCGCAUCCGCUGCUGGCUCCGACGCCGCCGCUGGUGGUGCGUCCGCCACUGACGCUGCUGCUGGUGGUGCGUCCGCGACCGAUUCUGCCGCGGGCGCGUCUGCUACCGAUGCCUCUGGCUCUGCCUCCGGUGAUGCGUCGGGCUCGUCUGGCUCCUCCAGCGGUGACGCCUCUGGUGCAUCUGGCUCGUCGGGCUCAUCUGGCUUUUCCGGUGAUGCCUCUGGCUCGAGCGGCGACGCCUCUGGUGCCUCGGGCUCCAGCGCAUCUGGCUCCUCUGGAUCCAGCGCGUCCGGCUCUGGCUCAGCGUCCGGCUCAGGCGCAGACGCCUCCGGCGCCUCCGCCGGCGGCGUCGGCUCCGCGACCUGCGAGGUCUCCAGCUCCGCGCUCGCCCAGAUGUGCGCGACCGCCGAGCAGAUGGGUCUUAUCUCCGGCGGCGCGUCUGCGUCGGCGGGUGGUGCUUCUGCUGGUGGUGCGUCCGCCUCGGGUGCCGCUGGUGGUGACGCGUCCGGUGCAUCUGGCGCUUCCGAUGCCUCUGGCGCUUCCGCCUCCUCUGGUGCUGGCGGCGAUGCAUCUGGCGCGGGCGGCGACGCGUCCGGUCUCGGCGCGUCCGUGUCCAUCGAGGGCCUCCGCCGCCGCGACCUCAUCGGCGACCUCCUUGGCAGCCUCCUCGGCGGUGGCGGUGGUGGCAAGGGCGGCGACGCCGGCGCUGCCGCCGGUGGUGGUGCGAGCGCGGCGGCUGGCGGUGACGCGGGUGCUGCUGGUGAUGCUGCUGCUAUGAUGCAGCAGAUGGUGAGCUCGCUGUCUUAGGAGAUAACUUCGAUGUAUGCUCAUUGUCCUUCGCAGCUCCAGCAACUCCAGGCCGCCUGCGAGCAGCUCGACCAGGCUGCGCAGGUCGACGGUGCCGCGGCUGGCGGUGAUGCCGGUGCAGCUGCUGGUGGUGCCUCCGCGACCGACGCUGCCUCUGGCGCUUCCGCUACCGAUGCCGGUGCCGCGGGUGCCUCUGCGACCGACUCCGCCGCUGCCGCUGGUGCCACGGACGCUGCCUCCGGCGGUGAUGCCUCUGCCGCUGCAGGCGGUGACGCGUCUGCCGCCGCUGGUGCCUCCGACGCCUCUGGUGCCUCCGCGACCGACUCCGCGGCCGCCUCUGGUGCGACCGACGGUGGCAAGAAGAGCAAGGACGGCAAGGACGCCGGCUCUGCUGCGCGCCGCAUGGCCUUUGAGCGUCGCGAGAACUAUGCGGG